CAGAUAUAGAAACAGGAAGUGUCUCAGGAGUAGUCAUACCAUGAAGUGCAUUUCUGUUUGAGACAUUUUAUUUAAGUUGUCCAUCUCAACCAUGUGGAACGUUUUGGUCCUCGUCACUUCUCUCAGCAUCUCAUCCCCACUUGCUGCAGGUCUGAUCAGAUUAGCCGGGCCUGGGUCGACCAGAUGUUCUGGAAGAGUUGAAAUCUACUACAGUGGUACGUGGGGAACGGUCUGUGACGAUGACUGGGACAAAAAUGAUGCUAACGUGGUUUGUAGACAGUUGAGCUGUGGAACAGCAAUCAGUGCCCCCGGUUCAGCCCACUUUGGUCAAGGAACUGGUCAAAUCUGGCUUGAUAAUGUGAAGUGUUCAGGAAGAGAACAUUCUCUACAAGCAUGUGGGCAUGGAGGAUUUGGGACACACAACUGUGGACAUGGUGAGGAUGCUGGUGUCGUCUGUUCAGGUAUUGAAAUCAGAUUAGCCGGGCCUGGGUCGACCAGGUGUUCUGGAAGAGUUGAAAUCCACCACAACGGUAAAUGGGGAACAGUCUGUGAUGACAGCUGGGGUCUAACUGAUGCAGAGGUGGUCUGCAGACAGUUAACAUGUGGGACAGCACUUAAUGCCACUUCAUCAGCAGUUUUUGGUGAAGGAACUGGUCAAAUCUGGCUGGAUGACGUGGCCUGUUCAGGACGUGAAAGCUCUCUAUCAAACUGUCAACACAGAGGAUUUGGAACACACGACUGUAAACAUGGUGAGGAUGCUGGUGUCGUCUGUUUAGGUACUGAAAUCAGAUUAGCCGGGCCUGGGUCGACCAGGUGUUCUGGAAGAGUUGAAAUCCGCCACAACGGUGAAUGGGGAACAGUCUGUGAUGACAGCUGGGGUCUAACUGAUGCAGAGGUGGUCUGCAGACAGUUAACAUGUGGGACAGCACUUAAUGCCACUUCAUCAGCAGUUUUUGGUGAAGGAACUGGUCAAAUCUGGCUGGAUGAGGUGGCCUGUUCAGGAAGUGAAAGCUCUCUAUUAAACUGUCAACACAGAGGAUUUGGGAAACACGACUGUAAACACAGUGAGGAUGCUGGUGUCGUCUGUUCAGCAAGCCUCCCGAAGCCGAGUAUCACCAUGAAUCCUGCUGGUGAGGUCACCUGGGGUCAGGACAUCAGCAUCACUUGUACAAUCGCAGCUGAAUUUUUAGGAGGAACAUUUAUUCUUGAAAUGACCUCAAGUUCAUUCAGAAAGACUCAAACACCAGGUUCCAACUCUGCUACCUUCAACAUCCGAAACGUGAGCGCUGAUCAUUACGGAUCAUACCGUUGUCGGUAUGAGAAAAGCUUUUCUAGCAAAACAUUCACCUCCCCCUUCAGUGAUUCUGUUACAGGUAAGAAAACAAGUUAAUAUAGAGCAGGAGCUAAUUGUGACACUGUUCUUUGUUGAUCAAAAAGAAAUGUUAAA